AUGGGAUACACCGUCCCCAACCGAGGUCAGUCACGAUCGCCGGUGAAAGAGGUGGCGGCAAGGCUCAACCCUGUAGAGUCGGACUUUGCGCGACGGAUCCCAUCUCGCACAUUCGUAAGAACGUCGCAACCAACGGAUAUACUCGACUUUCCAGUCCACCGUCAUCCGCGGAUCUCUCUUGACCUUCAACUUGGCGCCUCGCUGUUUGUGGGCGGUGGAAGCAUCGAAGGCAAUGUCCGCAUCGCGAUUGACGAUGCCGAGAGGGUGCGGCACAAACGGUCACUUGCGAUUGCAAGAAUAUCUGUGGAUCUGCUUGGGGUCGAAGAGAUGUCUGGUGUGAAGCGAUCGAUUUUCUUAAACUUGGCUACAGAAUUGAUCGAUUCGGAGAAUCCGCCGCCGCACAGGAUGGUUGAGUCAACAAGUCAGAUAUCACCGAUUGAUCCCUUCUGGCACCUGGUGCCGAACUCGACAAGUCUUCCGUUUUCCCUUAGUUUACCUUUGGACAUUGGGCCGCCUCCGUUCCAGUCCAAGCAUGCCCGGAUACGGACAACACAGGAAGUAUCUGUCUUGUCUGUGUAUGACCCCGAAAAAGCCUUAACGUCGUUACCGAGUCCACUCACCGCAUCAGAUGAAUACCAAAAAGCACGAGAAACAUGCACUGAGACCAUCAAGGUCACUGCUGGACUGCACCGGCAAGUGUGGGUCAGCGGCACCACCAUCUUCGUGGACAUACAUAUCGCGAACCACAGCCGCAAAACGGUCAGGAAGAUCGAGCUACAGUUGGAGCGGGAUAUCCUGUUCUACAAACAUGCAGCGGCAUCGACAAUAGAGAAAUCAGCUAGCCAAGCGCGGAUUUUUGAUAGCAAUGAACGUUCCACUUUGACUAGGAACACGAUUAAAGCUGGAACGACUCAUUGCUGGAACGGCGUUGCCGCCCACUCGUCGGAGUUGCGGACCUGCGAUCUCGAACUGCCAAGAGGUCAUGCCACCGUCAAGUGCGGCAAGUACUUCGAAGUCCGAUACUUUCUCAACAUCAUCGUCAGCAGCGCGCAUACCAAGCUUGUAACUGUGCAGUUGCCUAUCGUCCUCAUCCACAUGAACUCUCUCGACGUUGUCCCAAACUCCGUCGCCCAAGUCGCCGCCGCCAUAGAAGAAAAGCGCACCGCUCUCCUGCACGCGCAAACCUACGACCAAGACGAAGGCUCCCGCCGCCUCGCAUCCAAGUCAAAACCCCUCCCACACGCCCCACCCUCGCAACAGCAAUCCCCGCACUCCCUCUACCGCCGCCCGUCCCUCUCAGUCCAAGGCCGCGCCUUCGCCGCCCCGCGCAAACAAUCCCUUGACCGCAUGCGCGCGCACCAAGACGACCUCGCGGCCCUCACCAACCUGGUCCAAUCCUCCCCGCGGCGGUUCUACUCUCCUCCAAAGUCCAAAGCUCCCCACCAGCAACAGCGGCGGGAGCCCCAGCAGCGGGAGCACACCCACCGCGAAACCUCGAACCAGCCCUCCGUCCCGCACCAAGUCCGCCGCACGCAGAGCAGCUACGAUUACCGCACCCCGCCGAGCAAUAGGAAAGGCAGAUUGCUCGAGGGCGAGAGCGUGGAGGAUUUCAAGGCCCGCUUGAGGCGCAUGGGGAGUAGUGCCUCGAACCGCACGCAUGGCUCUGUCCGCACGGCUUACACCAACCGCACCAACAAGUCCGCACUCAGAGGUCUAGGUCUCGGUCUCGGGCUCGGGGUCGGCAGGGGCGCGUCCCUGCGCUCCAAGGCGUCGAGGAGGCCGGGUGUGGCGUCUGCAUUGGGGUUUCGGGAGGCGGAGGUUGACGUGGACGUCGAGGAGAGGGGUGGAACAGGAGGGAAGGGGAAGCUGCAGCAGAGGCCAGAGAGCGCGGCCAGCUUCAGGAGCAAGCUUGAACAGGCGCGGAAUCGGCAGUGGGAGUUUCAGAUUGGGAAGAAGAAGAGUGGGGAGAGGUGGAAGGGGGUUGGAGUUGGGUGGUUGAGGGGACGGGAGGCGGAGGAGAGGGGGAGCGAGGGGGGUGGGUGGUUUUGA